GCCAAAACCAUCUUCCAUUUACACGCGCGCGCACGACGAACCGGCCCGAGCGCACCACCGGCGACCGAGGUGGGCCGGCGGUGGUGGACAGCCAUGGGGAAGCACCGCGACGUGGAGGCCGCCGGCAUGGCGUGCCCUUACAUGAUCGAGAGCCCUCAGCUGCGGUGGGCCUUCAUCCGUAAGGUGUACGUGAUCGUGUCGAUGCAGCUGCUGGCGACCAUCGCCGUCGCCUCCACCGUCUACCUCGUGCCCGACAUCCGCCGCUUCUUCCUGGCGCGCACCCCGGCCGCGCUCGCCGCCUUCGUGCUCAUCAUCGUUGCCCCCAUCAUUGUGAUGAUCCCUAUGAUGUGCCUCCGGAACCGGCACCCGAUCAACCUCAUCCUCCUCGCCUUGUUCACCAUUUGCAUGAGCUUCUCCGUUGGGUUGGGCUGCCUCUCCAGCAAAGGCGGUGUUAUAAUCGAAGCGGCAUUGCUGACGUUCGUGGUGGUCUUGAGCCUGACGAUUUACACAUUCUGGGCGGCCAAGAGGGGCCACGACUUCAGCUUCCUCGGCCCCUUCCUCUUCGCGGCAUGCCUCAUCUUGAUGCUCUACGGGCUCAUACAGAUGCUGCUGCCGAUGGGCAAGGUGGGCACGACGGUGUACGGGUGCAUAUCGGCGCUUGUCUUCUCCGGGUUCAUCAUCUACGACACGGACAAUCUCAUCAAGAGGCACACCUACGACGAGUAUGUCACGGCAGCCAUCGCAUUGUACCUUGACAUCAUCAACAUCUUCAUGGCCAUUCUCACUGCCCUCAGAGAAUGAUGGUCACAUGUCGCUGCCAUGCUGAUGCAAGACCUCCGUAGGAAUAAAAACGUGUUGAUAUCGCAAUGUGGAGGGGUAAAAAAAAUGUACGCCUUGGCUGAACAGUUUAUAUGUGAAUGAGCAGUCGUUCGCUGGUUGGUCAAGUUA